AUGUCAUUAGAACAAACAGCUUGUGAUGAUCUAAAGGCUUUUGAGAGAAGAUUAACAGAAGUAAUAGCUUGUUUGCAACCUGCUACUACGAGAUGGAGAAUUGUAUUAGCAGUGGUGUCAUUAUGCACAGCAAUAGCAGCUUGGCACUGGCUUACGGAUCCACUCACUCCUGUUGUGUCCCUCACACAGUCACUAUGGAACCAUCCCUUCUUUACAGUCACCUCAACUCUGUUAUUGCUACUCUUCAUAGUCGGGGUACACAGGAAGGUGAUUGCACCCAGCAUCAUCACAGCACGGACCCGAUCUGUUCUUAAUGAUUUCAAUAUGUCUUGUGAUGAAACUGGUAAACUUAUACUUAAACCUCGACCGGCUAACAUUCUAAGUUGUCAUUAUUAG